AGUAAGACUGGGCAGAUCAACAAAAUGGAGGACGAAGAAGAAACUAAAGAGUUCAAAAUAUGGCUUGAAAAACUAUGCGAUUCCUUCUUCCGAUUAACAGAUACCCAAAAGAAUAUCACGAUAGAGCAGUUAAUAAAGCUUUGCGGGCCUGAUCAGCUUCGGUUUUUAUCGACGAAACUCGAAGUUCUUGUAAAAAGAGACUUUUUAAAAUGCCUUCCUCUUGAAUUGUGUUUCCAUGUCUUAAAAUGGAUGGAGCCCAGUUUGUUGUGUCGCUGUUGUCUCGUCAGUAAAAAGUGGGAAAAAGUGAUUUCAAAUUGUCAUCAGGUAUGGCAGAAAGCUUGUGCAUGCCUUGGUAUGGAUGUCAACGAACACGAUGUUCCUAAAGAAACAUGGAAAGAUGUAUAUCUGAAAGCCAUGCGUAAAAUUCAUAGUUUUAAAAAAGACAGUUCAUACGAGACGACCAUGUUACAUGGACACACUGCUAGGGUGUUUGCACUGUGUUAUAGAAAUGGAAUGCUUGCUACAGGAUCAGAUGACCGAUCAGUACGUCUGUGGGAUCCACAAACAGGUCACUGUGAAUACGUCCUAUUAACACACACCUGUGCAGACAUUAGCUUUGACAUGGAUAAAGUAGUUACUGCAUCAUUUGAUAAUACUAUCGGUGUGUGGGACUGGAAGACUGGCCAUAGGAUACAGUGUUAUCAGGGACAUACUGGUGCAGUGUUUUGUGUAGAUUAUUCUGAUGAAUUAGACAUCAUUGUAAGUGGCUCAGCUGAUACAACAGUCAAAAUAUGGUCUAUGUCUUCUGGUGGAUGUCAGGUGACUAGAUAUGGACACUCUGAUUGGGUCAUUAAGGUUAUUCUACAUAGAUCAAAAGUCAAUUCUCCAACUCAUAAAAGAGGAGAGUUUGUACUUCUUAGCAUGGACAAGAAAACAAUCAAGAUUUGGUCCCUUGAUGCUACAAUAUCAACACCCCUUGUGACUCUAACAACACAGGGGGAAAAUAUUCAUCUCCAACCAAAGAUGCACUUUGAUGGGAAUUUUAUUGUCUGUGCAUCUGAUUCUGGUAUUCAUUGUUGGAAUUUUGAAACUCUUGAAUUAUCCAGAUCUUUUGCAUCUUCACCGUCCAAAUGGCUCGUUGCUAAGGGGCAAAUGUUUAGCCUUCUUCUGGACUCGACCAACCUUUAUAUUUUGAAUAAUCGCAGCGAACAGUGUAUUGCAUCGCGAGAACUACCGCCCUUUCGUCGUUCUGCGCGUGGAUCGAACUUUACUUCUGGAGACCCUGUAUGGCUGAACUGUCUCUGUGAAAAUAUUGAAAACAAUAUUCUAUUCGCCACUAGUAUGCCUGACCAUAGCAUCCUUGUAUUAAGACUUAAAGACGCUACGUGACCUAAUAUUUACAUUGAGGAAGUUCUAUUUCCUCUGUAUACUAAAGCCGUGUAAAUGAAACGAUAAAGAUAUAGACGACACAGGAAGUGUUUUUUAGAGGGGGGAGGGUACGGGCUAUUUUGACAAAAUAGUGCGCAAAUUUCUAUUUUUUUACGAGAAUUUUCACCAUAAUUGCAUCCCCUCCUCCCCCACUGUGGAGUAAUUAAUCUUGACAUUACAAUAGUUCGCGAAUGAAAUUUCACGAUUAAUUGCAACAUAAGAGUAGAAGAAUAAGAAUAGCAACAUGUUUAAAUUUGAUUUCGUUUUGAUUAGUGUAUUUUAAUAUAUUAGUAAUUUUUUAAUUGAAAGAAAUGGUCAAAUAGCUUAUUAUAGAAUCAAUAAAAAUGUCGAACAGU